AUGGGUAGCAUUGGCCCGAGCGAAACCGAACUGGGAUUUGAUCCCAAAGCGCUUCAUGACAAAUAUCAAGCAGAACGCAACAAACGUCUACGCAGCGAUGGUGUGGAUCAGUACGUGCAGUUGGAUCAAGACAGUCUGGACCCAUAUGUGGAUUCGCCUAUUGUUCAGGACCCCGUGGAGGAAGAUGUCGACUUCCUUAUUAUGGGAGGCGGAUGGGGUGGUCAACUGAUUGCUGUGAGACUGAUUCAAGCCGGAAUCACCAACAUCAGAAUUGUGGAAAAGGCUGGAGAUUUUGGGGGUGUGUGGUACUGGAACAGAUACCCCGGGGCUGCUUGUGACACCGAAUCGCACAUUUACAUGCCAUUGCUGGAAGAAUUGGGUUACAUGCCGGCCGAGAAGUACGCAAAGUCGCCUGAGUUACGGGAGCAUGCUCGCAAUAUCGGCAUCAAAUUCGGCAUGUACGACAAAGCUCUCUUCCAGACCGAACUGUCGGCCCUUGACUGGAAUGAGGAUACUGGGCGCUGGGUUGGAACAACAAACCGCAACGAUCAAAUCCGAGCUAAAUUCGUGGCAACAGCAAGUGGCCCACUGCACAAUGCGAAGAUUCCACGUAUCCCCGGCUCUGAGACAUUCAAGGGACAUUCUUUCCACACCAAUCGCUGGGACUACAAUUAUACUGGGGGAGAUACCACCGGAAACCUGGACAAGAUAUCAGAUAAGCGCAUCGGUAUCAUUGGGACAGGAGCGACAGCGGUUCAAGCAAUUCCCCAUCUUGCGGAAGGUGCCAAACAUCUCUACGUGUUCCAACGCACUCCAUCUUCCAUCGACGUUCGAAACAAUCGACCGACGGACCCGGAGUGGGUGGCUAGCUUGACACCGGGAUGGCAAAAGCGAAGGAUGGAGAAUUUCAAUACGAUUGUAACUGGUGGUCAGGCGGACGAAGACAUGGUCAAUGAUAACUGGACCGAUAUUAUCCGCAGACUGUCGGUUUUAGGAGGCAAAGAUCAGCCAACGGCUUUACCGGACAUGGCAGCACUCCGGCAGCUUGCCGAUUUCCAAAAGAUGGAGCAAAUCCGUGCUCGGGUGGACAGUAUUGUUCAUGAUAAAUCGACUGCCGACAAGCUGAAGCCAUGGUAUAAUCAGUUCUGCAAGCGACCCUGCUUCCACGAUACCUAUCUUCCAACCUUCAAUCGCCCCAAUGUUACCUUAGUUGACACCGAGGGCCAAGGUGUCGAGAAAAUCACUAAGGAUGGCAUUAUUGCUGGUGGCAAAUUUUACGAGUUGGAUUGUAUCAUCUACGCCACAGGGUUCGAGUAUUCCGUCAACCAUUCCAAUAGAUCUGGACUUGCCAUCCGAGGUCGUGAAGGACUUGAGCUUUCGGAGAAGUGGAAGAACGGUGCAUCCACACUUCAUGGUUUGCACAGCAAAGGCUUCCCCAACCUCUACAUUGUCAGCCUUCUGCAAUCAGGUCUUACUCCUAAUCUGACUCACAUGCUCGACGAACAGGCCAUCCAUAUUGCCUACGUCACUUCAUGUUGCAUGGAAAAGGGUAUCAAUGUAUUGGACACUGCAGCGGAGGCCGAGGAAAAAUGGGUUCAGACCAUUGUUGAGCUUGGAAAGCUCCAACAAGACUUUGUGAAAGAAUGUACACCCGGUUACUACAACAACGAAGGAAAGCAUUCGGAGGCGGUUCUUCGGAAUUCUACUUACGGACUCGGGUCUCCUGUCUUCAUUGAAUUGUUGAGGAAUUGGCGAAAGACAGGGAAACUUGAGGGCCUCGAAUAUGUGAAGAAGGUCGAGGCACUCUGA